UUUGCAACGUGAAAACGCAGUAAAACUCGAGUAAAACCCAGAACACGGUUGCUAUUUUGAGCCCUCCUGGCGCUUAUUAAUUAUGAGACCUCGCAGAUGCUCCCGGGGGGGGGCGAGACCGCGGAGUCCCGCGUCCGAAAGUGUCCGGACGGCGUCCGACAGGGGGCGCUACAUUAGCGCGCAGUGUAACCCAGAAAAGUUGCGCAAAGUUUCCACGUCUCGUGCCGCCGGGAUCCGCACUGCCUCGUGAGCCGCCCGUCCGAUCUGGCGGAACCGCUCGUCUCAUCUGCGCAUCAUUCGCUCAUCUGCUGCUCAUCCGCGCACCGGGAACGCGCCGGUGGGCGUGUGUGGAUGUGGGCGUGUGUGGGUCUGGACCCCAUACAGAGCGCGCAGAGGCGCGCAGCUCCAGUCGGGGUUUUCAUCGUAGGAGAUAAUAAACCUCAGGAGUCGCUCUGGACGGACCGUUCGUGACGUUGUAUAGAAGCAGGCAGCUACGGCUGGAGCGUGAUCAUCGGCCGCACCAUGUUCAAGGCUGUGCUGAAGAAGAGCCGUGACUCGGGCAAAGGGAGCAGGAAGGAGCCAGGCUUUGAGUUCUAUGGACACAGUGCCCCCCGCAGGGGCCCGCCAGGUGGUCCGGUUCACCCGCAGGAUCCCUUCCCGCUGGACGACCGUUUCCGGCCGAGCCUCACCAAAGGGACCUCCAUGUCCCUGCCGUCCUCGCCUCUGCUGCCACCGCGCCAGUCCUGUGUGGCGCCGCAACGCUCUGUAAAGAAGUCUCCAGGUCCGGUGAGGAAGCCCAAAUAUGCAGAGAACCCGCGGGUACCUGGAGAGACACUCGUCUCCGCGCUGAGGAACGUCUCCCAGCACUCGGAGCCUGGUCAUCAUGAGCCCCGCCCCCAGAGGGAGCCAAGCUCCGCCCCCUCACCUGCCACUCAGGAGCUGAUGACCCGGUUGGGAUUCCUACUGGGAGACGGCAUCCCGGCUGCUGCGGGUGUACCUAUGGAGGACAGGAAUGAGAAGAAGUGUACAGCACCCAGCCAGGGGGUCAGCCCCUGUUCCACCUUGACCAGCAGCACCGCUUCUCCCAGCACCGACAGCCCCUGCUCCACCCUCAGCAGUCGAGCUGGCCACCCGGUGACCUGCGGUGCCGUCCCCAGUCCCAGCUCCACUCUGGAGAGCAAGGACAGCGGGAUCAUAGCGACCGUGACCAGCUCCUCGGAGAAUGAGGACCGCAGCGGCUCCAGCCUGGAGUGGAGGAAGGAGGGCGGCCUGAGGCACGGGCCCUCGCAGCGGGUCCUGCGGGCCGAUGCCUGCUCCCCGGUGGCUGAGGAGGAGCCGCCUCCUGGACCCACCCCUAGCCCCGCCCCAACGGGAAGACCCCUCCCGCCAAUACGGCCCCCGCAUGCGGCAUCCUCCCUCGGCAUGCAGCGCCCAAACUCUGUGGCAGCCACCAGUUCCACAAAGCUGGAGGAUUUGAGCUUCCUGGAUGAUCAGCGGAACAAGCCCCUGCGGACGUCCAUUCGUCUGCCCUGGCACGGCGCUGGGGGUCGACUGCAGCAGGACUCCAGGGGUCGCCUCGCACCCUACAAGCCCGCAGACAUCAUGCUGAAGCCACUGCUCUUUGAGGUACCUGGAGCCUCGGCAGACUCAUCAUUCGUGGGCCGCGGCUGGCUCUUCCAGAAACUGGAGGAGGUCCUGGGGAUGGGUGGGCAGCCGGGCCAGGGGGCUGUGGUGGCAGGUGGAGCAGGCUCCGGCAAGACGGCGAUGGUCUCACGCUUGGUGGCUCUCAGCUGUCACGGAGGACGCAUGCGGCAGAUGGCCUCUGGGAGCCCCGGAGCACCGCCCACAGGUAGUGAUGGCACCGUGGACAAAGCCCUCAUCCAGCCUCCCCAGGCCACCCUAAUACACAGUAAUCAACGGGGAAGCAGUUGUCCUGGAACACCAGAGAUCCAGAAGUGUAGGGAGGAGGCCGCCAGGCACCUGGCCUCCAAGGUGGUGGCGUACCACUACUGUCAGGCAGACAACACUUACACCUGUCUGGUGCCCGAGUUUGUGCACAGCGUUGCCGCCCUGUUGUGUCGGGCACCCCAACUGAGUGCCUACAGGGAGCUACUGCUGAAAGAACCCCAUCUGCAGAGCAUGCUCAGUCUGCGCUCGUGCGUGCAGGACCCAGCGGCCGCCUUCCGGAGGGGUGUGUUGGAGCCACUCGUCAACCUGCGCCAAGAAAGGAAGAUAUCUGAGGAAGACCACAUUAUCCUGGUGGACGGGCUGAACGAGGCAGAGUUCCACAAACCAGACUAUGGAGAUACCAUCGCCUCAUUCAUCACCAAAAUCAUCCCAAAAUUCCCAGUUUGGCUGAAGAUGAUUGUCACAGUGCGGGUCAACCUUCUGGAGAUCACCAGUCUGCUGCCCUUCUCGAAAAUCUCUCUGGACGACUUCCCAGACAACAAGGACAUCUGUGACGAUCUUAACGCUUACAUCCAGUACCGCGUGAACAGCAGCAGGGAGAUCCUGGAUAAUAUCUCACUCAACGGCAAGGCGGACCCCGCGGUCGUGGCCAAGGUGAGCGGUCACCUGGCCCAGCGCAGCCAGGGCUCCUACCUGUACCUAAAGCUGACCCUGGACCUGUUUGAGCGCGGCCACCUGGUCAUCAAGAGCGCCAGCCUCAAGGUGGUGCCCGUCUCGUUGGCCGAGAUCUACCUGCUGCAGUGCAACAUGCGCUUCGCCAGCGGGUCGACUUUCGAGCGGGCACGGCCCCUCCUCAACGUGGCGCUUGCAUCGCUGCAUCCGCUCACGGACGAGCAGCUCUACCGGGCGGUCAACGCCGGCGGUGUGGUGGGCCAGCUGGAGUGGGACGACUUUCGCCAGCGCCUGGACAGUCUGUCCUACUUCCUGCUGCGGCGUCGGGACAAGACACGCAUGUUCUGUCACCCCUCUUUCCGGGAGUGGCUGGUUUGGCGGGCUGACGGCGAGAGCACAGAUUUCCUGUGCGAGCCCAGGAGCGGCCACGCUCUCAUGGCCUUCAUGCUCUCGCGCCAGGAGGGGAAGCUGAACCGCCAGCAGACCAUGGAGCUCGGCCAUCACAUCCUGAAGGCGCACAUUUUCAAGGGGCAGAGUAAGAAGACAGGGGUAUCUUCCAGUGUGUUGCAGGCCCUGUGGAUCAGCUGCAGCACCGAUGGGUUGUCAGCUGCCUUGUCCUCCUUACGCAACCUCUACACACCCAAUGUCAAGGUGAGCCGCCUCCUCAUGCUGGGUGGAGCCAAUGUGAACUACCGCACAGAGGUGAUGGGCAACGCGCCGGUGCUGUGUGUCCAGUGUCACUUGGGACACCAGGAGCUGGUCAGCCUGCUGCUGGAGUUUGGAGCAGCUGUGGAUGGCACCUCCGAGAGCGGAAUGACCCCACUGUGCUUCGCUGCCGCUUCUGGACACCUGGGCCUCGUGCGCAUGCUCUGCCAGAAGGGAGCGAAGGUGGAGCACAUAGACAAGAGUGGCCAGUGUGUUCUGGUCCAUGCAGCACUCAGGGGCCACCCAGAUGUUGUCCAGUGUCUGCUGAGCAUGGACUGUGGCCCCGGUGGCCAGCGUGACAACACCGGCCUCAAGAGCUGCACCGUCCAGCAGGCGCUGACAGCUGCCGCCAGCAUGGGCCACACCCAGGUCGUGCAGAGCCUGCUGACUCUGAGUAAUGAGCACGCCGUGCAGAUUGAUGGACACGACACACUCUGGGGAGAGACGGCUCUGACGGCGGCCGCAGGUCGGGGGAAGCUGGAGAUGUGCAGGUUCCUGCUGGAGCGGGGAGCUGUGGUGCAGCAGGCCAACCGCAGGGGAGCGUCACCGCUCUUCUGCGCCGUGAGGCAGGGCCACUGGCAGAUUGCCGAGCUCCUCCUAGAGCACGGAGCAGACAUCAACGUCAGCGACAGGCACGGGCGAACCCUCCUGAUGGUGGCUGCUAGCGAGGGUCACCUGAGGACCGCCGAGUUCCUGCUGGCUAAGGGUGCUUCUGUGAUGUCCACAGACAAGGAGGGCCUGACUCCUUUGAGCUGGGCGUGCCUGAAGGGACACAAGGAUGUGGUGCAGUUCCUGGUGGAGAAGGGUGCGGUGGUGGAUCACUCGGACAAGAACGGGCGCACCCCCCUCGACCUGGCCGCCUUCUACGGCGAUGCUGACAUUGUUCGUUACUUGGUGGAGAGGGGCGCGGUCAUCGAACACGUGGACUACAGCGGGAUGCGGCCGCUGGACCGGGCCAUCGGCUGCCGGAACACGUCUGUGGUGGUGACUCUGCUCAAGAAGGGGGCUAAGCUGGGCAACGCGGCCUGGGCGAUGGCCACCUCCAAGCCCGACAUCCUUAUCAUCCUCCUUCAGAAGCUCAUGGAAGAAGGAAACAUGCUGUAUAAGAAGGGGAAGAUGAAGGAGGCGGCCCAGCGGUACCAAUACGCCCUGAGGAAGUUCCCCAGGGAGAGCUUCGGGGAAGACCUGAAGGCCUUCAAGGACUUGAGAGUGUCACUGUACCUGAACCUGUCUCGCUGCCGCAGGAAAACCAACGACUUUGGAAUGGCCGAGGACUUUGCGACCAAAGCUCUGGAGUUGAAGCCCAAGUCGUAUGAGGCGUACUACGCCCGAGCCAGGGCCAAGAGGAGCAGCAGGCAGUUUGCAGCAGCUAGGGCGGACCUGCACGAAGCGGCCAAGCUUUGUCCCAACAACCGUGAGAUCCGGCGGCUGCUGGCUCGCGUUGAGGACGAGUGCCGCCAACUACAGCGCGCUCAGCAAAGGCAGUCGGUGGCACCGGCGCAGGGUCCCGAGUCCGACCACGAGGAAGAGGAGGAAGGCCCGCUGGACACGAGCGAGGACAGGGAUGACGGCCAGCGUGCCACAGGGCCGGAGGAAGUGGAGGAAGCCACAGGCUGGCCUCGGGGAGUUUGUUCCCUGAAUAGGACCCUUCCGGAUUCACUGGGCCCUUCCCGGCAGGAGGCCGCACCCGGGUCGCCCCCUGGUCUGGAGGCGCUGCAGCCCACCCAGGAGCCGCUUCCUCAGCAGGGCCUGGUGCUCCAGCCGAGCCGACAAGCCCAGAUCAUCAAGACGAACCAGCAUGUGACUUCGCUGCAGGGUGGAUCCCGGUGCGGGAGCAAAGCCCAGUCCCAGUAUGGCCCCUCCAGUCCGGUGCCCAGUCGUCACAUGUCCUGCACGCUGAGAGCAGCCCCAGGAAUGGACAUCGGUCUGCCCCUGCCUGCCGACGAGGACUCUGGGCCUGGCUUGGCCAGUGCUGUCCACCGCUGCGAUGCAGAGACCCAUCCUCGCCAGCCGUCUGUUCCUUCCUCGGACGUCCCCAUCCAGUCCGGAAGCAUCAAGGUGUCCAGCUCCACCAGCAGCCUGGCCUCCAGCGGCAGCCUGUCGGACAGCGGGCGACUGCGGGGCUCUGGGGGACUGACUGAGCACAAGCCUCGCCCCUUCAUGGGGAUCAUGGACAAGACCGCCCGCUUCCAGCAGCAGCAGCAGCAAACGACACCCAUGCUCCCUCGCAGCCGGCAGAGCCACUCGGCCGAGGGCCUGGUGGUCCACGCGGCACCAUCGAACUGCGAGCGGCCGGACGGUGGAGCAACCAACGCACGCCACGGCAGUCUGCUCAACGGCACCCACGUCAGGGAGCUCGCCGAGAGGUUCUGCUGCGCAGAUCCUGCCGCGUCGCGUUCCUUCUCAGACGGCAAGUCCAAACAGCCGAGCCUGGGCCGUGACAAUCCCAUCAUGCACGCUGCUGCAAUGAAACCAAAGCGACCCUUUAUAGAGUCCAACGUGUGAGUCCAACGUCCUUCAGCCACGGCCAUCUUUGACGCCUCCACAACCACUCUUAAAGAGUAGGGCCAAAGUGGACCCUCUUUCUCACACCUCCCUGGUGGUUGCUGGGUUUAACCCUUAGCUGACUUGCCUAUGUGUGAUUCCUGGAGAAUACGAGGACUACAGACAGUCCACAGGUAUUAUUACUCUGUCCUUGCAACACAUGCAAAGGCCCGUUGCUUUUGAGCUGCGAGAACGUACGCUUACCACGGUGCACAGAGACGACCAGAGGUGGUGCUUUCACAGCCAAUGCCGACAUUUUAGAUGCUUGCAAAGACUGCGACGCCGUGCGUCAUCGCUGAAAUAAAAACUAGGCGCGUCCUUCAAGACCAGACAUGCAAAGAUCAGCCUUGCUUGUAGCGGUAAGGUAAAUAAAAUUUAUGGGUAAAGUUGAGUGGAAGGGAGGAGGCCUUGCCAUAGAAGGCCAUUCUCAUACUUUGGCAGGAAUGUUGAGAAAUUGUCUUUUUUGUUGUAUAUAUUGAUAUAAUGUCUUCUUUUAAGGUCAAUGUCAUCGUGGUUGAGUCAUACAUGCCCGAUAUAUAUUUAGGAUUUAUUUCUCUUUUCUUUCUGCACUGUUGUGGCUCCAACAGCCUCGAGAGGUCAGAUGUUUGUAUCGUCAACAUCGCAUUUAACAUGGCAUUCGAUGGAAUCCUUCCUCUACCUGCUUGUUGCCAUCGACCUUAAUUUAUUUAUCGCUCUCGAUGGGCCCGUCAGCUGUAUAAGCAAUAUACUUUCUAUAGUUUAUUUUUGCACAGUAAGAGGACUUCUGAUCUCAGAUGAGAUGCUCUGUUGAGGUGGAAUGUGGGUGCAGUGCAUGCUACAGGGGCCCUUUGUACGGAAGGGAGCGGAAAGGGGUUCGAAGGGGUCGGGGUGUGGUCCCGGGGCUGGUUGCUACACUAUCGCUCCGCAUCGUACGCCGUUUUCAGUGUCGUGAAGCUCUCUUUCCCGAUGUCAAAAGCUGUCAAAGGAAAAUACUGCCACGCCAACAAGGGGGAAUUAAAAGUUGUGCUGCAAAGACGGUCUGGAUCUGGUUUCUGUGGGUAUCCUGGGACUUGGGCAACAUGUUGUUGGAAUGGAUCUUUUUCACACAGUUCCAGGUUCUUUGGAGUCUCCAUAAUAAGGCACAAUAAGCUGAAAAGGGUUUAUUACACUUCUGCAGAGUCUCCAUAGAUGUUACUCCAGUGCAGACGGCCACCU